GACGCUGCGCGAGGGGAAAACUUGCGGGACUGGGGCUCGUCGCGCUGAUGGAGGUUGUGGGAGUACUCGCGCGCUGUCGGAGCUGGUUUCUCUUCUUGUACGUGGGAUUGCUGGCCGCUUCGGCGGAUGCCCAGAACUGCAGCUCCACCCUGCGGGACCCCAGUGGGACCAUCGAGAGCCCAGGAUACCCGUACGGAUACCCAAACUACGCUAACUGCACCUGGGUGGUGCCCGCCCAGGACCACGCCCGUCUGCAGCUGCUGUUCCAGGGCUUCGCUCUGGAGGAGGACUUCGACAUCCUGUCCGUCUACGACGGCCCGCCCAGACCUGGCAACCUGCUCGCCAGACUGACCGGGUUCCAGCUGCCUGCCCCCAUUGUGAGCUCAGGGACGUAUCUCACGCUCUGGUUCCUCUCCGACUACGCCGUCAGCGGCCAGGGCUUCCGCGUCUCCUACGAAGCUCUGCCCAGUUUCUCAUGUGGGGACCCUGGGCGGUUGGUGAAUGGUGUGCACCAGGGGUCCAGCUUCGGGCUGGGGGAGCGCAUGCUGUUUGGCUGCAGUCCGGGCUACACGCUGGAGGGCCACGCCGUCCUGACCUGCCAGGCCACGCCCACCGGGACCGCGUCCUGGGACUUCCCCCUGCCGUACUGCCGAGCAGAUGACGAGUGUGGAGGCACACUGCGGGGUCUGGAGGGGGUGAUCCUGAGCCCGAGUCUCCCGCAGGAGCACGGCGUGGUGGACUGCUCCUGGACCGUGCUGGCCGAGCCGGGGGAGACCGUGUCCCUCUCCUUCUCCCACUUCCUGCUGGAGGAGGACCAGGACCUGCUGGAGAUCAGCGGCACCCAGGGGCCCGCGCUAUGGUUCAGUGGGUCCAGUCUUCCUCCUCCCAUCAUCAGCAGUAAGAACUGGUUGCGGCUGCACUUCACAUCAGAUGGGAAUAACAGGAAGUCAGGAUUCCGGGCACAGUACCAAGUGAAGAAGAUGAAUGAGCUCAUGUCCAGAGGAGUGAAACUGCUGCCCAGCAGAGAGAGCCACCAGAAGAUCUCUGUGUUGUCCCAGAUGAGUGUUGCUCAGGGGCAGAACCUGUGCCCGGAUCCUGGAAUUCCGGAGAGAGGGAAGAGAAAAGGAGAGGAUUUCAGGAGAGGAGCGGCGCUGCACUUCUCCUGUGACGAGGGCUACGAGCUGCAGGGCUCCAAGAGCAUCACCUGCCUGCGCACCAGCAACGGACACACGGCCUGGAGCGCGGACAGGCCUGUCUGCAGAGCUCCCAUGUGCGGGGGCCAGCUACAGGGCCCUCGGGGGGUUCUCACAUCUCCUAAUUUCCCUGUCCAGUACGACAACAACGCCAACUGCUCCUGGGUCAUCACCGCGACCGACCCUUUCAAGGUGGUUAAGCUGACGUUUGAGGAGUUUGAGUUGGAGCGCGGCUACGACACUCUCACCGUGGGAGACGGAGGCACAGCCGGAGAUCAGAAAACUGUCUUUCAUGUGCUGUCUGGCACCAGUACUCCGGACCUGGUGGUCAGCACGGGACACCAGAUGUGGCUCAACUUCAAGACGGACGACACCAGCGGAUCGCUGGGGUUCAAGCUGUCGUAUGAAGAAAUAGACCAGGGCAGCUGUGGGGACCCUGGGAUCCCUGCCUAUGGCAAGCGCGAAGGGUCAAACUUCCAGCACGGAGACAAGCUGUACUUUGAGUGCCUGCCAGCCUUUGAGCUGGUGGGGAAGAGGAACAUCACCUGUCAGAAGAACAACCAAUGGUCGGCCAAGAAGCCCAGCUGUGUGUUUUCCUGUUUCUUCAACUUCACCUCCCGGUCGGGCGUGCUGCUGUCGCCCAACUACCCGCAGGACUACGGGAACAGCAUGCACUGCGUGUGGCUCAUCAUCGCCCCGCCCGAGAGCCGCGUCAACCUGGCCUUCAGCGACCUCAGCAUCGAGAAGCAGUUUGACUACCUGUCCGUCAAGGACGGGGGCAAGGCCGAGUCGCCCGUCCUGGGUACCUUCUCCGGCGACGUCGUUCCCGCCCCCAUCACCACCAGCGGCCACGUCGCGCGGCUGGAGUUCAUGACUGACCACACCAACACCGGGCGCGGCUUCAACAUCAGCUUCACCACGUUUCGGCACAACGAGUGCCCGGACCCGGGCGUGCCUGUGAACGCCCGACGCUCAGGGGCCAGCCUGACGCUGGGCAGCUGGGUGGGCUUCCAGUGCGAGGAGGGCUUCGUGAAGACCCAGGGGUCCCUCAACAUGUCCUGCCUCCUGAAGGAGGGCAGCGUGGUGUGGGACGGCUCGGUGCCGCGGUGUGAGGCGCCCUGCGGGGGGUAUCUGAAGGGCUCCAGGGGAGUCAUCCUGUCCCCAGGCUGGCCCGAGCUCUAUAAGGAGGCCCUGAGCUGUGAGUGGGUCAUCGAGGCGCCCAAGGGGAACCCCAUCAAGGUCAUCUUCGACAAGUUCCGGACGGAGGUGAACUAUGACGUGCUGGAGGUUCGGGACGGCCAGUUCCCCUCCUCCCCUCUGAUUGGCAGUUACCAGGGUACCCAGGUGCCCCAGUUCCUCAUCAGCUCCUCCCACUUCCUGUACCUGGUCUUCACCACUGACAAAAGCCACUCUGACACCGGCUUCCGGAUCCGCUACCAAACGAUAAAGCUGAAGUCGGGCCAGUGCAUAGACCCGGGGAUCCCGGUGAACGGACUGAGGCAUGAGAAUGAUUUCUUCGUGGGGGCACGGGUCACCUUCAGCUGUGAGGCGGGGUACUCUCUCAGUGACGACGCCCCGCUCGAGUGUGAGCCCAACUUCCAGUGGAACCGGCCCCUCCCCAGCUGUGAUGCACUCUGCGGAGGGUACAUCCAGAGUAACUCAGGGACCAUCCUUUCCCCUGGGUUUCCAGAUUACUACCCCACAUCUCACUGCACCUGGACCAUCGAGAUGACCCACGGGAAAGGAGUGCAGUUCUCCUUCCACACCUUCCACCUGGAGAGCCCCCAUGACCAGCUGCAGGUGACGGAGAACGGGAGCUUCGCCCGGCCACUCUGGAGCCUGACGGGGCGUCCCUGCCCCCCUCUCAACGCCGGGCUGUUCGGCAACGUCACCGCCCAGCUGCGCUUCCUGUCUGACUUCUCCGUGUCCUACGAGGGCUUCAACCUCACCUUCUCAGACUAUGAGCUGGAGCCCUGUGAUGACCCGGGCACCCCCCCGUUUGGCCUGCGCAGGGGGGCUCAGUACGGGGUGGGCGACUCCCUGUCCUUCUCCUGUCUCCCUGGUUACCGGCUGGAGGGGGGGGCGCGGCUCACCUGCCUGGGGGGCCGCAGGAAGGUGUGGAGUUCCGCUCUGCCCAGGUGUGUGGCUGAGUGUGGGUCAUCAGUAACAGGCAGACAGGGAGUCCUGCUCUCUCCUAACUACCCAGCGUACUACAGUAAUAACCACGAGUGUGUGUACUCCAUCCGCACCCAGCCAGGCUACGGAGUCCACCUCAGGGCCCGGGACUUCCACCUGCAGCAGGGAGACCAGCUCAAGGUGUAUGAUGGCAGCAGUAACAGAGAGCGUGUGCUGGGUCUGUUCUCGGGGAGGGAGUUUCUGGGCGUGGCUCUGAACAGCACCUCCAGCUCCAUGUGGCUCGAGUUCAUCAGCAACACGGCCAACACCAGCAAGGGGUUCCAGCUGCACUUCACCAAGGGGGAGCUCAUCGUACCUUCCCUGCCCCCGGGCACAGGGGCCCACCUGCAGUUCCUGAACUUCUCCACCGAGGCCAACCACGACUUCCUGGAGGUGCGCAACGGGCCCUUCCAGAGCAGCUCCGUGAUUGGCCGCUUCAGCGGACAGGAAGUGCCGGCCUCCCUGCUCACCACCGCCCACGAGACCACGGUGUAUUUCCACAGCGACCACUCCCAGAACCGGCCCGGCUUCCACUUCCGGUACCAGGCCUAUGAGCUGCAGGAGUGUCCGGACCCGGAGGGCUUUGGGCACGGGGAGGUGGUGGGGUCGGGGUACAACGUGGGCCAGUCCGUCUCCUUCCACUGCCACCCCGGCUACACGCUCUCCGGCCACGCCCUGCUCACCUGCCUGCACGGGACCACCCGCACCUGGGACCACCCCUUCCCCAGGUGUGAAGCGACCUGCGGGGGCGACGUCACGGCGGACGAGGGGGUCAUCCUCUCCCCGGGGUUCCCCGAGGACUACCCCAGCCCGGCGGACUGCACCUGGCUGGUCACCGUGGCGACGGGCAUGGGGGUGCGCCUCAAUGUCACCGUGCUGCAGGUGCACGGGCCCCAUGAUGUCAUCACUGUGUGGGACGGAGCUCAGCAGACGGCUCGCAGGUUAGCCGUGUUCCCGGGGGCGGAGCUAACAGACACGCCCAGCAGCACCUCCAAUCAGGUGCUCAUCCGUUUCCGUAGCGACGCAGAGAGGGGCGGGUUCUUCAGUAUCUCCUAUAAGGCCUACAGACUGGAGCGCUGUCUGGCCCCUCCCUCUGUGCCCAAUGCUGACAUCAUUCUGGGCAGCAGUGAGUUCAACAUGGGGGACAUGGUGCGGUACCAGUGCCGGCCCGGGUUCCAGCUCACCGGCAACAACAUCCUCACCUGCAGAAUGAGCACUCACCUGGAGUUCCAGGGCCCGCCACCAUCCUGCGAGGUGCCCUGCCCGGCGGGGGAGGUUCUGUCGGACUCCUCGGGCGUGAUUCUGAGCCAGCCCGCGGGCCUGGCCUCGCCCCACUUCCACACCUGCUCCUGGGUUCUGCAGGCCGAGGCCGGAUACAACAUCUCGCUGGACGUCCAGACCUUCCACACCCGCCAGCAGGUGGAUGAGAUGGAGAUCUUCGACGGCCCCUCCCGGCAGAGCCCACUUCUCGCCACGCUGAGCGGAAACUACUCCGCCCCCCUCAGCAUCUCCAGCUCGUCCAAUAGCGUGCUGCUCCACUGGACCUCAGACCACGCCUCCGGACACAAGGCCUUCCGGAUUGGCUACUCAGCGGCCUACUGCAGCCCCCCCGCGGCCCCCAACAAUGGUUCGAUCCACAGCCUGACGGGCUCCGCCCCCGGCAGCACUCUGCAGUUCAGCUGUGACCAGGGCUUCCGCCUGAUUGGCCAGAGCAGCGCCCUCUGCAGUCACACCCCCCAGGGCCUGUACCAAUGGAGCGCUCCGACACCACUCUGUCAAGUGGUGUCUUGUGGGAUGCCCGUGGCCCCGGCGAACGGCACCGUGUUUGGGCAGGACUACACCUACGGCUCCCGCGCCUUCUACCGCUGCCGCCCGGGCUUCCGAUUGGCUGACGGCCCCGAGCACGCUCAGUCCAUCGUCUGCGGCGAGACCGGGGGGUGGAGUCCCAGCGAAGCCCCGCCCCCCUGCACAGUGGUGACCUGCCCUGACAUCGGCCUUUCAUCGGUGCAUCAUGGGAGAUGGAGGCUGAUCUACGGCGCCCACAGUCAGUUCAACGCGGCCAUGAUGCUGACCUGUGACCCCGGCUACUACUACAGGGGUCAAAGGGUCAUCCGUUGCCAAGCCAACGGGACAUGGGAUUACCCCAACCCCAAGCCUGUCUGCAACAUUAUCUCCUGUGGGACUCUGGGAAUUCCAGCCAACGGGAAUAAGAUCGGGACGCUGACGGUGUACGGAGCCACUGCCAUCUUCUCCUGCAAUACCGGGUAUACCCUGGUGGGGGCGCAGGUGCGCGAGUGCCUGUCCAACGGGCUCUGGAGCGGCUCUUCAGCCCGCUGCCUGGCGGGGCACUGUGGCCCUCCGGAGCCCUUGGUGAACGGGCAGGUGGUGGGGGAGAACUACAACUACCGGGGCAGCGUGGUGUACCAGUGCAACCCAGGGUUCCGCCUCAUCGGCGUGUCCGUGAGGAUCUGUGAGCAGCUGCACCGCUGGUCUGGGAGAGCUCCCGUCUGCAUCCCCAUUACCUGUGGUCACCCCGGGAACCCCACUAACGGCAUGACCCAUGGUGCCAAGUUCAACCUCAACGACAUCGUUCAGUUCGUCUGCAACACCGGGUACAGCCUAGAGGGGGCGCUCAAGUCCCACUGUCAGCCCAACGGCCAAUGGAGCAACGCCCUGCCAUCCUGUAAAAUUGUCAGCUGUGUGGACCCUGGCUUCGUGGAGAACAGCGUUCGGCAGGUCCUCUCCAGCGGGCUGCAGCGGUUCAGCUUCCAGAGCUCCGUGUCGUACACCUGCAGCCCGGGGUACUACAGCCUGGGCACGACCUCUCUCACCUGCCAGGGAGAUGGCACCUGGGACCGCGCCCAGCCCAAGUGCCUGUUGGUCGUGUGUGACCAGCCGGGGGUGCCCCCUCAUGGGCAGGUUUCGGGGGACCGGCGCACGGUGGGGUCGCUGGUGCGCUACAGCUGUGUGGCACCGCACAGCCUGCUGGGAAACGCCACACGCAUGUGCCAGCUCAACGGGCUCUGGAGCGGGGCUGUGCCACACUGCUCUGGGGGCGCGGCGGGGGAGUGCGGGGACCCGGGGGUGCCGGUGCGGGGGAUCCGGUUGGGGGAGGACUUCUCGGUGGGGAGCACUCUGCGGUUCAGCUGUGAGCCGGGCUACUACCUGCGGGGGACCCCGGAACGCAUCUGCCACCCCAACGGCACCUGGGGGGGCUCCCAGCCCGAGUGCCACGUUCUGUCCUGUGGGAAUCCCGGAACUCCUCGGAAUGCUAAGAUUCUCCUCCACGACGAGCCGGUCUUCUCUCACUCCAUCACCUACUCCUGCCGAGAGGGAUACUACUCCUCCUCCCUGCUCACCCGCCACUGCACUGCCAACGGCACCUGGACCGGGACCAUGCCCGAGUGCACAGUGAUAAACUGUGGAGACCCGGGCGUUCCCGCCAAUGGGAUGAGGUUUGGGAACGACUUCACCUUCGACCACAGCGUGACGUUCCAGUGCGCCCCCGGUUUCACCAUGGAGGGGGACCCCGCGUCCCGCCUCAUCUGCACCAAGGACCGCACCUGGAACGGGACCCGCCCUGUCUGCAGAGCCAUCAUGUGUGGGACGCCUCCCAGCAUACCAAACGGGCAGGUGUUGGGCUCAGACUUCCAGUGCAGCAGCGUGGCGUACGCCUGUGUGGAGGGGUACCAGCUGUCCCUCCCCUCCACCCUCACCUGCCAGGGCACAGGCCAGUGGAGCGGGGAGCGGCCCCAGUGCUUCCCGGUGUUCUGCGGGGAUCCGGGGGUUCCCGCUCAGGGCCGCAGGGACGACCGGGGGUUCACCUACCUGUCCUCGGCCGUGUUCUCCUGCUUCCCGCCGCUGGUCCUGGUGGGCUCGGCCCGGCGGUACUGCCAGGCCGACGGGGCGUGGAGCGGCACCCAGCCCUCCUGCAUAGACCCCAGCCACACCACCUGUGCCAACCCAGGAGCUCCCCUGUUUGGAUUUGUGAACAACUCUCAGGGCUACCAGAUUGGCAGCACGUUGUUGUUCAGCUGUAGGAAGGGUUACCUCCUCCAGGGCUCUAUCUCACGCACCUGUCUGCCCAACCUCACCUGGAGCGCCACGCAGCCAGAGUGUGUGGCACACCACUGCACCCAGCCAGAGCUGCCCCCCCACGCUGAUGUCAGGGCCAUCGAGCUGCCCUCUGUGGGGUACACCUUCAUCUACACCUGCCAGCCCGGCUUCUACCUGACCGGGGGCUCGGAGCACCGCACCUGCCGGUCCGACGGCAGCUGGACGGGAAAAGCCCCUCUCUGCACAGCUGAUAACCGGCCGAGUGGUACCACCUUCGGAACGAUUCAGGAGUCACCCGAUCCUAAACUGCCAGUGCCUGUGGGCGUGUUUGCGAGGCUCUCUCAGUGGAAGGGGUCAUAUGAGUACCUGGGGAAGAAGCAGCCGGCCAUGUUGACCGUCACGCUCUUUGAUCCCGUCAGUAACCAUGUCAACAGCACUCUGACCGACCACAGCGGGGUGGAGCUCAAACUGUCAGGGGUCUACAGGAGCGAAGAGUCUCACCUCCUGCUCCAGGUGCAUCAGAUCCGGGGUCCAGUGGAGAUCUUUGUGCACAAGUUCAAGAGCGAGAACUGGGCUUUGGACGGACAUGUGUCCUAUGUGGGCUCCACAGGCUCCUUUGUGUACCAGGGCUUUGUGCGAGGGAAGGGCUUCGGACAGUUUGGCCUUCAGAGGAUAGAGUCGGAGAGCUCUGUUCAGGACAGAGAGGUCCUGAGCUCCAGCUUCAACUUCAACAGCAGCUCAGUGGCAGCAGCCAUCUUAGUGCCUUUCAUAGCCACCAUCAUCGCUGGCUUUGCCCUGUACCUCUACAAACACAGGAGAAGACCCAAAGUCCCGUUCAACGGCUACGCGGGCCACGAGAACACCAACGGCAGAGCCACGUUCGAGAACCCCAUGUACGACCGCAACAUCCACACCAUCCCCCCCACGGACGUGGUGCCGGGCGAGGCGGAGUUCACCGUCAGCACCGUGUGUACGGCCGUAUAGGGCCUCCCCCUGCCAGGCUCCUCUCUGUUCUCAUCAGGCGAAGGCUGCACUUUCAUGUCUCCAUCCCAAAUUCCGCCCCAGAAUUCUGUGCGCCUGGCUUUGAGGGGGUGGAGUCGCCGGGGGUGGAGUCGGGGUCCUGCUAGAAGAGUGUGAGGAAGAGGAGUGAUGAAGAACCUGAAACUCCACCCUGGGGAAGGAGCAGUUCCGAGAUUACAGAGAAAAAAUGGAGAACCAGACCUGUUCCUGAGAACCACACCUGUUCCUGAGAACCGCACCUGUUCCUGAGAACCUCAGCUGUUCCCGAGAACAAGAACUGUUCAUGAGAACUGGAGCUGUACCUGAGAACUACACCUGUUCCUGAGAAACAAAACUGUUCCUGUGAGCCACACCUUUUCCUGAGAACCGCACCUGUACCUGAGAACCAGAAAUGUUAAAAGAAUCGGAACUCAACCUGAGAACAGAACUAUUCCUGAGAUCCAGAACUGCUCCGGGGAAACAAACCUGUUCCUGAGUACGGAACUGCUUCUAAGAACUGCACAUUUUCCUGAGAACCACACCUGUUCUUGUGAACUGGAACUGUUCCUAAGAACCACAGCUGUUCCUGAGAACCACACCUGUUCUUGUGAACUGCAACUGUUCCUGAGAACCACAUCUGUUCCUGAGAACUGGAACUGUUGGCCUCUGCAUGAUGCAGUUUAUUGAUUGUAACCAAAAGCAUAAAUUAUUAUGUUUAUCAUUCCCAAACCCCCCCUGCCCCGCUCCCACAGUGUUACCCUGGCACCAGACACAGCUGUGUGCCAGACAUUAGGGGCCCACCGGACACACGCAGCUCUGCUGAAAGGUUCCCGGGCCAC